AUGGAAGAAGUAAUGAACAAGCUUGAACAAGACGAAAAGGAAAAGAAAGUUGAGCAGACCAAAAGAAAAUUAGUAAAUAUAUGUUCCAAGAAAACAGAAGACGAUAAUUUUAAGCAGAUGGAGAUAUCGAAAACAAAGAAGCAGAAACCAAAGAAAAAUACUGAUUCAUCAGAUAGUGUUGCUAGAUUAAUUCAUUUAACAAACGAUGACUCUGAUGACGACAUGCUUCCACUUUCCUCAUUUGUUCAACCAAAGCCUGUUAAUUGGAAAGAAGUCAAAUGGGAAGAGAUUAAGACAGAUGUUUUUCUUCUGGUUAAAUUUGUUGAAGAGGCUAGAAAAGCGACUAUUUACAAAUACGUCUGUGUAGUUAAGAAGAAAGACGAAGAUCACGAAAUUGCUAUUGUGUAA